AUGAGGGGGCCAAGGGAUACGACGUUUGACGGCCAAAAGGGCAGCGCGAUGCCUAGUGCGACCAACCAAAAGGAAAUGAAUCGGCUUAUUGAACUCGUACCACUUCCAGUCUCUCUCUCUCUCUCUCUCACUCACUUCUUGGUUGGGCACGUGAGAACCCAACAAAACAAUCACCACCACUACUACGACUACUGCAAGUCAAGCUACUACGGUUUUUUUCGUCGAGUGACGCGCGCUUGUCCCUGCUCCUGCCUCUCUCCCUCUCUCUCUCUCUCUCUCCCUCUCUCCCUCUCUCCCUCUCUCUCUCGACCCGCGCCCGUCGACCAGCUUCUUCGCUGCCACUUUUUACUGUCCAGCCGCUGGAUCACACACAUUGGUCAACAAGCACCCACUGAUUCUUUCUGGCUUUCUUCUCAUUUUUUUCUACCUUCAACCUUGACCCUCUAUCCAUCUUCGGUCGUGAUUGCUCGACGCCAUAUCUACUCUGUGACAGCGCUCGCUGCCACUUUUGUCCUGCCAUCAUGAGCUCGUUCUGUGCCAUGUCCAUGUCCUUGGACCACUUGAGUCCUGGCAUGAAAAACUCUUUUGAAAGCCUGAGCCCUGGUGCCCAACACUUUUUGCGCUCACUCCUCGAGACCACGACCAACAGCCACACUGACCGCGACCGCCUUCGCCCCUCACCAGUUGACGAGGAUGACGACCCCGAAUUUGGUGCUCGCAUUAGCGCCUCCCUGCGCGAACUCAACUCUGUCAUGGAUGAAAUUCUCGGCGUUUCUCCCGAGGAAAAAACAAAGCCCUCGAGCGUCACCCUCCACGAUGAUGGCUUCUCCGGCUUUGCCGACCCAGACCCAUCACCAGAAGAUAACCUCUCCUUUCUUGUUCACAAUCGUACAGACCUGCCCGGACUUUCUGCCACUGCCGAAGAACUCGACGCCAACCUCCCCAGCACACUUUUGCCCUUUGACUUUCCCGACGCCGAGAUUAACAACGCCGUAACAUGGACUCAACACCACCAGCAGGACGACCACAACCCCUCGGCCAAGGAACUCUUGAGCCCCUUUGACCUGGACCACAUGAACAAUGGCAAUGGCUCUUACUUUCUCGAGUGCGGCAACGGUGUCGUUCCUGAAGAAGCCGGUGACAUUCUUGCCGCAGAUGUCUUCGUCGUUGGCCAAGCUGGCACGGAGACCGACUCGGCCUACAAUAGCUCACCCUCGGCCUCACCUAGCUCCAAGCCCCACUCCCCACGCCUCGAUGGCUCCUCCCCACUCCGCAAAAAUGGACGCAACUCUUUUGACGAUGGCAAGAGGAAAAAGGUCCCUAGCAAGCCCGCCAGCUCUGCGAACCGCAUCAGCAACAACGUCCGACGCGUCUCCACCACUAGCAGCACCACCUCAGAACCUCGAACGAACCAGUACCGUGGCAUGAGCCAACGUGACGCACACAACGCCAUGGAACGCGAACGUCGCGUGCAGCUGAGGGAGAACUUUGAGGCUCUUCGCGCCGAGGUUCCCUCAUUGCGUGACGCUGACAAGGCCGCCACCCUUCAGAUCCUUCGCGAAGCCACCGCAUACAUCAAGCGCAUCCGUGAUGAAGAGAAACAACUCCUCGAGGAGAAGGCUCAACUCAUUGCCAUCAACGACAGUCUACGCAAGAAAGCCACUGUGGUCCAUGACGAUGACAGUGACGUGCCUCCCCUUCUUGCGCCACCUUCGUAAACUGGUGGUGCUUCCUCUUGCUCUGUUUGUUUUCUUCCUCCUUUUUUUUUAUUUUGAGCUGAGUGCCAUCCCGCUGGCGUGCCUAAUAAUAUUAUUAUAGGCAGCUCACUCAUCUCGUUUAGUCCUGGCAUCCUUGGAUUGAUGUUGGCAUGCAUGUUGGAUUUUAUUGCGCUUGUGAAUGUGUUUCGGGAGAUAUGUUUUUGUUUACCUGGUGUGCCCUUGCGAUCGGCCAGACGAGUGUGCUGGCCAGGCAUACCCUCCGACUUGUUUUCAUGUGUCCAACAGCUUUUUGCCGUGCAAUGC